AGCAAAGCCUAUGGCAGUGUGAGGGAAACAGGACAAGGGAGGGAAGUUUUCAGAACAAGGAUAUCUGAAAAUAGAAAGGAAAAAACUAGUGGGAAAAGGAACACAAUUAAAGGUGAAAAAGAGCAAUCCGUGCAGAAGGAAGGACACUGUGCUUCCCUAAACUCCAGAUGAAUCUUCAACAUUAGGAUGAUGGGCACCAGAUUCAGCACGCUGAAGGUUCAGCAUUCAGUUGGAGUCAGAUAGAAGGGCGCUUUCAUAUCCUCCUACUUUAUCUGUAAUCUUCUAUGGCACACAACAUCUCCCAGGUGUAUCAAACAGUUAAUGGGCUCAGAGUUAGCUAUUUCUUCAGUAAAAAGGUUCAUUUGAGGCUAUUGGGAUAUAUCAGUGAAUGAACUAGACAAAGACCCCUGACCUGUGAAGUCACAUUUUAGCAGAAGGUAUAAGUGGAAAGCAAUGAACAUGGAAGGACUCUCAUUGUCUCUGGUUCUUCGGGUACAUAUGUGAUAUGACAAGUUGUUUCUGAAUAGCGCUAUGGACUAAAAAGGCAAGCAUGAAUGAGAACUCAAAUAUCACAUACAUGGAAGAAAGCUUCAUGCAACCCAAAACAUCAGAUGGUGAUAGUGGCAUAUUUCAGAGUUGUUGGAAGUAUCACACAGCAGGAUGUACUUUGUAAAUAGCAAAGUCUUACAUAUAUUGAACAAGCAAGCAGUCUCAGCAUCCGAGAGAGAAGGGGAGGAAGCGUUGGACAUGUGAGGACACAGAAAAAGGUUCACAAUGAACUACUUUAGAUACUGGGCUUCUGCACAAAAUUCUCCUUAAAGAAGAGUUCCCAAGCAUAUCAAAAUUUGAAAUCAAUUACCGACUAAAUACAAGGAAGAAUUAAAAGACCCAAUGUGAACAUGGGUGCAAAGAAGAACUCUUACCACAGAUAUCACGGAGCUGGAGGAGUUAAUGAAUACCUUGAAUGAUUGCAUCAAAUACAAAGGAUUGGGACAACUAGAUCAAGAUGAAAUUUGAUGGAAUUAGGCAGCGUGUAUUCCUUCCUUGGAAUGCGUCAGCUGAGUGCCAUAUGGAAAGAAUGAUAGACUUUUAGGCCAAAUGUAGAAUGAAAGGUCUGAUUGAAAAGCUGGAGAAGCAAAUGGAAAAACUGAUCCUAUAUGUAGGAAAAGACUUCAGAACACGAAAUAUAUUGUCUUCAGUGAAUAUAUUGAAGCAAGAUCUUGGGCCUGAUACUUUGAAGAGGAGAGGAGAGUUUCUGCUGCCACAGGUAAUGCACUUCAUAUUUUUCCUGGAAUGUGGUACACAGUUUCUCCUAGCAUGACCGUGAUCUGAUCAGCAGCUAGCAUAACUUGACUCCUGUGUCUGGUGCCACUGUGCUGGGGCCUGGUCACUGCCCACAACUACAGAGCUGCCAUGGUGACCACCUUUACUUCCACCCCCACAAAUUCACAGCCCCAGUUCACAGCCAUGAAUGAACCACAGUGCUUCUACAAUGAGUCCAUUGCCUUCUUUUAUAACCGGAGUGGAAAGUAUCUUGCCACAGAAUGGAACACAGUCAGCAAGCUGGUGAUGGGACUUGGAAUCACCGUUUGUAUCUUCAUAAUGUUGGCCAACCUACUGGUCAUGGUAGCAAUCUAUGUCAACCGCCGCUUCCAUUUUCCUAUUUAUUACUUAAUGGCUAAUCUGGCUGCUGCAGACUUCUUUGCUGGGUUGGCUUACUUCUACCUAAUGUUCAACACGGGACCCAAUACUCGGAGACUGACUGUCAGCACGUGGCUUCUCCGCCAGGGCCUGAUUGACACCAGCCUGACAGCGUCCGUGGCCAACUUACUGGCUAUCGCAAUUGAGAGGCACAUUACGGUUUUCCGCAUGCAGCUCCACACACGGAUGAGCAACCGGCGGGUAGUGGUGGUGAUUGUGGUCAUCUGGACUAUGGCCAUCGUUAUGGGCGCUAUACCCAGUGUGGGCUGGAACUGCAUCUGUGAUAUUGAAAAUUGUUCCAACAUGGCGCCCCUCUACAGUGACUCUUACUUAGUCUUCUGGGCCAUUUUCAACUUGGUGACCUUUGUCGUAAUGGUGGUUCUCUAUGCUCAUAUCUUUGGUUAUGUUCGCCAGAGGACUAUGAGAAUGUCUCGGCAUAGUUCUGGACCCCGGCGGAAUCGGGAUACCAUGAUGAGUCUUCUGAAGACUGUCGUCAUUGUGCUUGGUGCCUUUAUCAUCUGCUGGACUCCUGGAUUGGUCUUGUUACUUCUUGAUGUGUGCUGUCCACAAUGUGACGUCCUGGCCUAUGAGAAAUUUUUCCUUCUGCUUGCUGAGUUCAACUCCGCCAUGAACCCCAUCAUCUACUCCUACCGUGACAAGGAGAUGAGCGCCACCUUCAGACAGAUCCUCUGCUGCCAGCGCAGUGACAACACCAGUGGCCCCACAGAAGGCUCGGACCGCUCGGCUUCCUCCCUCAACCACACCAUCUUGGCCGGAGUUCACAGCAAUGACCACUCUGUGGUUUAGAAAGGAAACUAAGAUGAGCAGCCAGCCAUCAUCGAUUGAGGGAUGAACGGCCUCCCCCUACCCAAAUGCCAGGGCAAGGUGGGGUGUGAGAGAGAGAGGAAAAAUAAACUCACGUACUUAAACACUAACCAAUGGCAGUAUUUGUUCCUAGACCCCCACAAGACUUGAGAUACGUGGAAAAUUAGCUUACGUGACAACCCUCAUCCUGAUCCCCAUUCCUUUUGACAGUAGAAAGUGGAGAUCAUGCCAUGGAAUCCAUAAUAGACUCCAGGAUGUCCAUUUAGACUACACUAACUAGACUUCAAAAGAUUUUGUGUGGUUUGGUGCAAGUCAGAAUAAAUUCUGACUAAUUGAAUCCACAACUUCAUCUACAUACAGGCUUCCCUCUUUUUAUUUCUAAAGGAUACAUUUCAUUUCAUAAACAUGUUUAUGCCUAUCAGCAUGCUUGUGAUGGAUAAGACUGUAGGCUGUUGUUAAACUAUUGUAACUCCAUUUUUUUCCUUAUGUAGGAAAAUUGUGAAUUAGAAUUUUUAGAGAGCAUGCAUGUAAUGUAUGUAUGCAGUAUGCCUUACUUAAAAAGAUAAAAGGGUAUCGAUUUUAAAUCUUCUAGGAAAUAGAAGAACCUAGAUGUCAAAGCCAGUAUUUAGGUUGUGAAACAAUGUUCUAAUCAUAAUAUUACCUUCUUGUCAAAGUGUUAUAACACAUCUAAAACAGGGAAUGUAAGUUUAUUACCAAAAGAAUACGUAGUCUAAAAGAAGUCAUAGAAGAUGAAGCACAUAUUUAUAAUACCCAAGUGCAUUCUAAUUAUCAGUACAUCAGAAGAAUUUUUAAUAGCCUGUGUUUUUCUGUAUUAUAAAAUAAUACAUAGUCAUUGUAGAAAACUUGAAAAAUGCAGAACUGUGUGAAACAGAAAAAAUAAUUACUGGUAAUAUCGUGACCCAGAAGUAACCACCGUUAACCACCGUAACCACAGCUUUUCCCCCGUGUAUGCCUCUACGUAUAUCACAUGCCUUUUUAUAUAAUUGGGAUCAUACGUAAACGAUUUUAUAACCGAUUUUUUUUUUCCACUGCAGAGUUGCCACAUUUUCCUAUGGCGUUAAAAAUUUUACAAAAACAUAAUUUUAGUGGCUAUGUAAUAUUCCAUGUAAUGGAUGCAAUUCCGUUUAUUUAACCAUUCCCACAUUGUUGACUACUUAGGUCAUUUCUGAUUUAUGCUAUUAUAAAUAAUGUUGCAAAAUUUUGUGUACAUAAAACUUUGUCCAUAUAAUUGAUGAUUUACUUAGGACAUAUUCCCAUGAAGGAUUUUUUUUUUAAAUGUGAAAUGUCUUUUUAUGCUCUUACCUUUUAUAAAAAGGGAUUUCCUGCUUUGCACCACAUGGGUAGCAAUUGUGAGGAAAGCCAGUGAAGUUACCUUUUUACAAAGGAAAUGCAGUGGUCACUUUAGUUGAGAGUGACUUUUUCUCUAUAACAAGAUGGACUAGAAGCAGUCAAUUGUCACAAAUAACCAGGACCCCCUAAUUAACAUGUCUAGCAAUCCCAAAUUUUGUUUGAGGAACCGAUUUCCAGCUCUUGGUCGCCACGGCUGUAAUGUAGAAGUGAAGACAAUGCGAAUAAAUCAAACAUGCCAAGAGAAUAAAGGAUCUUCGUAUUAAGUAGCUUGGGACCCUCGUGUAGCAAAUGGGUUGAGUGUGUCAGUAUGUGACUGGAUACUGUGUAUUCUCUGGGAAUCACCUCUAAUAGAUUCCCACCAUAAUGGGUGAUACCUGUUUAAUGAAUUAUCCAGAUGAACUAAAAUUGCACCAGUUUGUUAUAAGUAACCAGUAAAGUCACAGUCAUGAAGCAGGUAUGGGAAAGUUGGGAGUACGUUUAAGAGAAAGAUGUCCAGAAGAAUCAUUGUCUAGGAAGGAAGAGGUCAGCAUUUGAGCAGAGGGCAGACUUGUAAGGUGCCCACGGUGGAAAGAACAUGGGGAACCAGUUAGCAGAAACAUGUUUGCACAUGCUUUAUCCAAAGUACAGAGCAUUUUAUGUUGGAAGUGAAAGAAAUGAACUUGGACUUUCAUGUGCAUAUAUUCUGGACUAUUUGAAUUAAAAACAUACUAAUUGGAUCUUAAUAAAUUCAUUUUCAAUCAGUGUUUGGCAA